GUCUGGAGAAAGAUAACGGGUGCUGCUAGUAGAGAAACGAAAAAUAACUGUCGCUCGUAUCUGAUGUGCAAAUGUCGUGUAUACUUUGUGCAACGUUUGUCUAAUUAGCAGCGUUGAUCCGAGACUCGGCCCGAACCGCCUCUCGUCCGUAUUCGUUAAUGGGAGCUCAGUAGCUUAGCUAACUUGCCGACGACGAUGGUGAUGAUGAUGAUGAUGCAUCGGUGGAUUUAUCCCGGUGUCUCUGACUGAGAUGGAGCCAGCGACGCUCAAGUGGAGCUGCCUGCUAGCUAGCUAGCGAGCUAACGGUGCCCGCCGGGAGACGCCGUGCCCGAGCAGCCGUGGAUUACGUUAGCUAAAUGGGUGCAACUACAGUUUUACCUUACGGGAUUUGUUGUAACGCUGUCGGACGUUUCCACCCCUGUCCCCGGGUUUGAUAGAGACGGGACCAUGUCAACUAGCCAAAAUUGCUAACUUAACCGUUUAGGAUAGCUGCACGUGAUACAGUUUAUCUCGCUCCAGCAAUUAGCUACAUCCCCGUCCAACCGUCCUUGGAUGCUUCACUGACAUUAAUUGGACGGUGUGUAUCAGGAUGGCACAGCUCUUGGACGGGGCCGGCAAAUUGGGCUGGGUUCUGCUCAAGUCUGUGCUCCGUUUUGUGUUUAUGUUCCUCAACAACUGUGUAGCCAUCCCAUCCUACUGCUUAUACCUGCUGCUCCUUCAGCCGCUGAGAAUAUGGGACAGCUCCACUUUUUGGCACAUCGAAGGAAUCAUGUUCAAAUGGUUGCUGGCCAUGGUGUCUUCAUGGGGCUGGAUUGCGGGCUAUACAGUAACGGAGUGGGGCGAUGAUGUACGGCCCAUCUCUGAAGAGGAAGCCAUGGUCAUCGUCAACCACCAGUCCACGGGAGAUGUGUGCACCCUCAUGAUGUGCCUGCAAGACAAGGGCACGGUGGUACGAAAAAUGAUGUGGUUGAUGGACCAUGUGUUCAAAUACACCAAUUUUGGCCUAGUGUCCUUGAUCCAUGGGGACUUCUUCAUCAGACAGGGUAAAGCUCACCGAGACAAGCAGCUGGUCUACCUGAAAGAUCACCUAGACAAAUACUAUCACAGCCGUGACAGGAAGUGGAUAGUGCUGUUCCCAGAGGGUGGCUUCCUGCGCAAGCGGCGGGAAACCAGCCAGUUGUUUGCCAAGAAGAACUCACUCCCCCACCUGACCCAUGUCACUUUGCCUCGUCUCGGGGCCACCCACGUUAUCCUGAAAACCCUGUCCGCCCAGCAGGAGAAUGGCAGCGUGGGCAGCGAGGCUGGGACCCCGAACCAGACAGGCAACAAGCGUAAAGGCCUGCAGUGGGUAAUAGAUGUGACCAUAGCGUAUCCUAAAGCCAGACCCAUGGACAUCCAGACCUGGAUCUUUGGCUACAGGCCUCCUACAGUCACACAUGUACAUUACAGGAUGUACCCAAUAAAAGAGGUUCCUGUGGAGGCAGAGGCCCUGACUGACUGGCUGUAUCAGAGGUUUGUGGAGAAAGAGGAGCUGCUGGCGCACUUCUAUGACACAGGAUCAUUCCCCCCUCCAGACGGACACAAGGAGGCAGUUUCCCGGCAAAUGACCCUCGACCCCGUGUGGCUGUGCAUCAUUCAGUCUUUUGCUUUCGCCUCCGGCUACAUGUGGUACAGCGUCCUCCAGUACCUCUACUGCUGUUUAUUUUGAGUGCGCUGAUGAGGCGAGAGUCUUUAUCGGACCACUGGAAAAGCCUCAGGAUCGGUUGGUGUGUGGCCCAGCGUCAUACUUGCCCCCUACGAUGGAUGAAUGUACAUUUGCAACAGUGGAAAGACUUGACAGGAAACAAUAAACAUAUGAAAACAAGUACACAAACACACAGAUUACAGAAACCCAUACAAUAAGAGACUGGUCACAGGCAUAGUUAACUUACACCCUAACACUACACACUCGCUCCAACGGCCUAGCUGAAUAAUCUCUCGCACUCGUCACGACUCACAUUUUGAUGUUUACACGUCCUCAUACACGUAGACGCUCACACGUACAUAACUUUUUAUUCAAAGUUAACGAAAUGAGGCUCAGGACUCCUCCAGAAGACGCUCUGGACCGGACUCUCUCCUCCCCUCCCAGGCUUUAGCCGUAGUAGUUUUACAGAGUAUAAAGUAUGUAUGGACGCGUGUGUGAGUGAAUAUAUGUGAUUAGAAGCAUAAUGUCUGCCCUUAUUCUUCCUCCUGGCAAGAGCUGAUGAAGCCCACUGGACCUCUCUUUCAGCCCGGUGACUAGCCGGCUGGCCACACCUUUCAGAGCGAGCGGCUGUAUGAACGUUGAGGCUGCACAGCCGGCCGCUCCUCUGGCCUUCAUUGCACUAAGGAUCCAUACUGCCCUAACUGCUCCCUGCCCCAGGAAAUGCUCCUGAAUGGUAGCUGUCAGUGUUUUCAUUUCUUUUGUUUUCUUCCCCUCCAACCCGCAUAUCUCCACAACUACGGCCAUCGUUAUUUGUUGUUGUCCUUUUUUGUUGUUGUUGUUGUCGCUGUUGUUGUUGUUGUCGUCGUCUUCGUCAUCAGGACGGGUUUUUUUUUUUUUUAGUUUUUGUUUUUCCCUUUGUUCGCCUGUGUCGAGGCAGUAUUCUGAGCUCACUGAGAAAAGGGGGAUCAUGUUUACACUGGCGGCCCUGCUGAAAGCCUAAAGGGGACGAUGGCUAUGACGCGGCACUUGGUUUAAGGAUCUUCUUCUGUUUCAGACUUGAAGGGAGGAAAACAAAAAAAUAAACAAAACAAACCAAAAACAAGAAGUCUGGUGGCACGCAGGGCAAGAAUUGCAGUCUGAUCACCUAUAAAGUAACUCCCUCCAUGUGGAUUCUCCUUUUCACCCUCCGCUGUCCAACAUGCAUACACAUGCAACACACAUUUACACAGACAAAUACACAUGCGCACACACGGCCAUGUGCAGCUACACAGCAGAGUAGACGUGUCUCGAGGAUCAUCUCAGCAAGCCAGACUGAGAAGGCACAGACUCUUCUUCCCCCAUUGGACUAUAUAGUUUUACAAAUAUUUAAGCCAUAUGCUUAGUGUCGUCGGGGUGGGGAAAAGACAUGGAAAAAAAAAAUAUGAUUUUUAUAGAAAGCUACCCUAAUGUUCAGCAUUCUAAAAUAGAGAUUUUGGCUUACAGAACUAUAGGUGUCAUUACUGUAAAUUUACAGCAUAACCUGCCUAAGUGAGUGUGUGUGGUUGUCGCCCCGCCCCCCCUCCCCAUUUUUGAUAUAUAUGAUUCAUGUCGUGUUGCUCUGUGACGUCAGAGUGUGGCGACAAUUUCACCACGAGUGGUCAAAUUUUAUUUCAUUUUAAAUUGCGUGAACUUUCGUCCUCAUGUCAUGGUAUGUUUAAAUCUUGUACAUAACAAAGCUGAGGAGGAGUUUUCAUUUGUUGGAAAAUGAAAUAACUGCAGCGUUUGUCUCUCUUUUGGUCCGUGAUAAUUUCUGAGAUUUUUAGUUUAAAUUAUCAUGAAUGUUUUUUUAAAAAAAAAGAAAAAGAAGAAGAAGAAGAAAGCAAGGAUUUUCCCUUCACUUCUCAGUGUUAUCCUGUUUUGUUUUGUUUUUCUUUAAGCUCCUGAGCAGGAAGUUGUGUGCUUCAACAUUAAAGCUACUGUGCGUCUGUGUCCUGGCUCACGAAACGUUUGCACAGCGACACAUGGGGCCCAGUUUCAAACUUGUACCUUUUAAAUCAUCAGGAAUUGGUGGGAAGCAGUGACUGUCAAGCCUUACCUGAUGUCCUGGUAGACCACAAUCCCAAGUAAUGCCGUUUCCUCACACUCCCUCUUGACAAACAUUGGUUAUGUUUGUUAUAGAGAUAGUUUGAAGGAGUCGAGCUAAAACUGGGUCAGUGAGGAAAGGAUCACUCUUCACUUACAAGGGAAACUCUGGCAGGGCCCUGCAAUGAUGCAGCUGUUUUCUCUCGAAUGUUGUUGUGGUUUAGAGGUCAAUUACAUGUAAUAUGCUUAGCCUGCUUUAAUUAGGAAAAUGAUAGAGGAGCAGCAGUUAUUGUUAGGAACUAAUGCAUAAAAUGUGCAUUUUAGUAGUUACUGCUACCUCCCUGUGCGUCACUGUUGAGAGAAACUGUGUGAAAUUUAGAAGAAAAAAAAAAGGGCUACCUGAUCUGGUAGGUGAAGACAUCUUAAAUCAGGCUGUAAAUGUGUUUCAUCCAGCGGCCCUUUCAGAUUCCCCUCCAUCGUGAGAGUGACUUGAAAUGAAACUUCAAAUGUUUUUUUCAUCUUUUUUUUUUUUUUUUUUUCAUUUUCUGACCAUGUUUCCAAAGAAGGCAGGGAAAUAAUGUUUUCCUAGAUGUGGUUUUAGGAAAUAAACACAUUAGGGAUUUAAACAAAUUAUACUAGAACUGUCUGUAAUUUUCCAUUUUGUACUUCUCCUUUAAUUCCUAGCUACACAGCCAUUUUACAACACAAAAAACUUGUGCUGGAAUAAAACAUCAUAAAGAUCCUAA